AUGAAAAAGUAUAAGAUGUUUCAAUUUGUAUUUCCAGUAUCAUGCAUCAUAAUUCACGCGGUUCGAACAUAUUGGGUGAUAAGAAACAACAAAGGAGCAGUUGUUGAAUACUCAUUUGCAUUGAAUGAGGUAUUGAUUUCAGUAUCAUUCUUCAUUAUUGGCAGACUCAAUAAAAAGAGUAUGCAAAUAAUGCUAAUCAAGUAUGUGGUAGAGCAUUUGCCAAACAUGCGGGACAAUACUACAUGCAGAUUGAAAGCCUCAGACCGAAUCUGCACUUUGGUUUCUAGUUACUUUUUGACAAUUGUAUGGAUAAUAAUAAUGGCAUUUCAUAUUAAUGGGACGAACUCUGAAUGUGUUUUUAACCUAUUUUUAGUAUUAGUGUUGAUCUUUGUGACCAACAAAGCUACUACUGGAAGCUAUCUUGCCUUCAAAAAUAAAGCCAAAGCAAUGAGAAACAGGGUUUAG